AUGAAGACUGUGAGGACCACGAGUAUCAAGAGCGCCGCGAACGCCCUGAACACCGCGAACACCUCGAACAACGCGAAUAUCAUGAACAAAACGAUUAUGGCGACCCGCAGCGACACCACCGUCAUUACGAGCACAAGCACGGGCGCCGACACGAGUAUGAGCGUGGAAAGGGACACCAAAUCAGGACCAGCCACGAUCAUGGCCGAAGGUCUAGUGACCGAUACGAUGACGCCCGCAUUAGCAAAGAGCGACGACGAUACGACAAAUAAGUAUGGUGGCCAUACUGCGAUGUAA